AGACAGUUAGAAAUUUGCGAUAAAAACAGUAAAUUCCAUAAAAUCCAGAAAUACGGGACAAAACUGCAGAAUUGACAUAUAAUAUUUAGUGACAAAAGAUUCGCAGAAGUAAUUCGAACAAUAUGACCGAUGAAACAGCUUCGUGUAUAGACAUAGUCCGUGAAUUUAUAGUAAAUGCUUCAAAAGAUUUUGCAAACACUUUGGGACUGAAAAGUAAUACUACUAGAAGAGAAGAGAAGGUUUCAGCUCCAACUUCUGUUAGAAGACAACUUUUAGAUGUACUAAUUACCGAACUGUGCGGUCAUGUUACUGACGAUUUAAGGCUUCUUUGGUAUGUCAGCUGUGACUGCUACUAUGAUAUAAGCGGCGAAGAGAUUAAAGCAGCGAAAAAAGUAUAUGAAGAUAAUUGGAGGAAUGUUUAUAGCGUUUUUUUGAAUACCGCGAAUAAACUUAACGAUGAUCCCUAUGUGCAUGUGGAGUUAGCUUCACCAUCCAAAAUACAAAUAAAUCCCAAUAUAUCAAUGAGAGAAUACUUGUACUCACCCAUUCACAUCCCUGGCGAAGAUCCAAUUGUAGUUCUUGGUCAAAACAGUAUUUAUAUUAGCAAAGCUGAUUUUGAUAAGAUUUGCUGGAGACAUGACCAAGGCGCUGCACGAAAGCUGUGUGCAUUAAUAUUUUCUCGAGUGCAAAUGCUAGAAACGGACUUCAAAAAAACAUUUCUAGAACCUUAUAAAAUUGCUGAUAUUGAAUCUUGUGUUCUAACAUGCUCAUAUAGUAAUUCUGACGAUAUAUUAAAACACAUUGCUAUAAGAUGUUUUAAUACACACAAAAGAUAUAGAAAUAAACGAAUACCUGGCAAAAAAUCCUAGAUGUUGUGUGAUAACACUAAGCAUACUGGCGCACACUUUAAAUUCAUACCUGAUUAAACAUACGUCCAUACAUAUGUACAUAUAUUAUAUUUGGUUAUCUAUUUCUGUGUAUGCGUAUCUGCACACAAACAUUUUUUAACGUGCUAAUACUUUAGUUCUCUUGUUUUUUGGGCAAACGUAAAUAUCAAAUAAUUAUUGUAACUAUAUAGCAAUCAAUUAGUUUUAACAAUAAUUGGCAAUUGUGUUUGAAUAGCACUUAGAUUAAUUAGAACUAACUGUGAACGAUGAAAACUCAUUUCGAAUAUGGAUUUUUGUAUUGUUGACAAAUUUUUGAAAAUUGACAAUAAUUCGUAUUUUUUAAUAUUCACUAAACAUUUUUGAAAUUACAAAAACAACUCAUUUAGAUUUUUUCGGAUCCCAUGCCUGUACUUUUGGUGGUGUGGUUGAAUACGGCAUAUAUUGUUCUGCAAUAAACGAAAGUGAUUUUUAUAUUGUUUCAUAAAUACAUACAAGCUACAUAUAUAAAUUAUAAUUACAAUAUUUUUAAACUAACAAACAUCUCAGAUAAAAUAUUUUGAAAUUUAAAUAAAUUUGCUGUUUUCGGUUCCCCGUA